UGGGCACGUGUGUUUGCGUGUGGAAUGUCCAUAGAGGCGUGCGAGGGAUUAAAGCAACAAUCCAUCGUCCUUCUCUUGCUCGGAGAGCAGCAGCAGCAGAAGAAGAUGUUGCAGAGCAAAUCCUUUGUUCGGAAAACAAAGCAAGGGAAAGUACUCAAGGUCGUGAGAGAACACUACCUCCGAGACGAUAUCUACUGCGGAGCUCCAAUCUGCAAGGUCUGCGACUCCUCCGCUGCUCGUCUUAGCUCCUCCGCAUCUCCAAUCCUCAUCAUCGAUACCAACGUUGUCCUCAAUCAGAUUGAUUUGCUGGAGAAUCCAGCUAUCGACGAUGUUGUUGUGCUUUCUGUGGUGUUGGAAGAGGUGAGGAACAAGAAUCUUGCAGUUUACAACAGGCUACGGGCUCUUUGCAGCAACUCCACUCGGAAAUUCUUCGUCUUCUCCAAUGAACAUCACAAGGAUACAUAUGUCAAGGCAAUGGUUGGGGAGAGCCCGAACGAUCGAAACGAUAGGGCAAUUCGUGUGGCUGCUAGUUGGUAUCAAAGUCAUCUGGGUGGCAGUACAUCGGUGUUGCUUAUUACCAAUGACAAGGAGAACAAGAGAAAAGCCACAGAAGAGGGCAUUUCUGCAGAGACAGUUGAGUCAUAUGUGAAAUCACUUGGUGAACCAGCUUUGCUCGACCUGGUUGUUAAUCCAACUUCAGAAGAUGUAAGCAUGGCGGAAGUUGAAGAUCUGAGGCCUUCAAAGAGGAAAGUCAUCUUUAGUGAGCACAAGCCUAUGUCAGAGAUUACAGCUGGUCUGCAUCGUGGGAUUUACCAUCAAGGAAAACUUCGAGUCAAUCGUUACAAUCCAUUUGAGGCAUAUGUUGGAAGUGAGAGCAUUGGGGAUGAAAUAAUGAUACACGGGCGGGGUAAUAUGAACAGAGCUUUUGAUGGAGAUAUAGUUGCAGUGGAGUUAUUGCCUCAAGAACAGUGGCAUGAAGGAAAAUCCCUUAGUAUAGCAGAUGAUGAGGAUGAGGAUGAUGAAGAUGUUCAUUUAGUUCCGAGCAGUGCUGAUGAUGCUCCAAGGAAUACAAAUGUAGCAGGAGCUGCUGGAGCUGCAAGUCCCAUCUCAUGCCGUCCUUUAGGGCGCAUUGUUGGUGUUAUAAAGCGCAAUUGGCACUCUUAUUGUGGGUCUUUGGAGCCAAUGCCCAUGCCUGCAGGUAAUGGUGGUGUUGCACAUGCGUUAUUUGUCUCCAAAGAUCGCAGAAUUCCUAAGAUUCGGAUUCAAACUCGACAGCUUGGGAAUCUUCUGGACAAGAGAAUUAUUGUUGCUGUUGAUUCCUGGGAUUGUUUAUCUCGAUAUCCAUCUGGUCAUUAUAUACGGACUAUUGGAGAAAUUGGAGACAGAGAUACUGAAAGUGAGGUUGUCUUGAUUGAGAAUGACAUCAAUUCAAGACCAUUUUCUGUACAAGUUUUGGCUUGCUUGCCACCCUUACCUUGGACAUUGUCUCCAGAAGAUUUGGAAAAUCCCAAUAGACAGGAUUUGCGACAUGUGCAAGUCUUCAGUGUGGACCCACCUGGUUGCAAGGAUAUAGAUGAUGCAUUACACUGCACACCUCUUCCAAAUGGAAAUUUUGAAGUGGGAGUUCAUAUUGCUGAUGUGACAAACUUUGUUCAUCCUGGCACCCCGCUUGAUGAAGAAGCUUCUCAGAGGGGCACAUCUGUUUAUCUUGUUGAACGUCGAAUUGACAUGCUUCCAAAACCCUUAACGGAAGACAUUUGUUCUCUUCGAUCUGAUGUGGAGAGGCUGGCCUUUUCUGUUAUUUGGGAAAUGACACCUAAUGCGGAGAUUAUUUCUACAAGAUACACAAAAAGUGUUAUCAAGUCCUGUGCUGCACUGUCCUACGUUGAAGCUCAAGCAAGGAUGGAUGAUAGUCGCUUAAUGGAUCCAUUAACUACUGAUCUGCGAAACAUGAAUUCGUUAGCAAAGAUUAUGAGGCUCCGGCGUAUUGAAAGAGGAGCUUUGACUCUGGCUUCUGCAGAAGUCAAGUUUCAAAUUGACACUGAGACCCACGAUCCUCUUGAUAUUGGAAUGUAUCAAAUCCAAGAGGCAAAUCAAAUGAUUGAGGAGUUCAUGCUUGCUGCUAAUGUUUCUGUUGCAGAAAAGAUCUUGAAACAUUUUUCUCUGUGUUCCUUGCUAAGGCGUCAUCCAAGUCCGACUAAAGAGAUGCUUGAACCCUUGUUGCGAACAGCUGCUGCUAUCGGCUUGGAUUUGGAUAUCUCAUCUUCAAAAGCACUUGCUGACUCGCUUGAUCGUGCAGUGGGCAAUGAUCCAUACUUCAAUAAGCUGGUCCGGAUUCUGGCAACUAGAUGCAUGACUCAGGCAGUUUACUUCUGCAGUGGAGAUCUAAGCCCUCCAGAAUUUUUUCAUUAUGGGCUUGCAGCACCUUUAUAUACUCAUUUCACAUCUCCCAUACGUCGAUAUGCAGAUGUUAUUGUCCACAGGUUGCUUGCUGCAGCUUUAGGAAUAUACAAGUUACCUUCAAUUUUCCAAGACAGGCCUCAGCUGACAAGUAUUGCUGACAAUUUGAAUUACCGGCACCGGAAUGCCCAGAUGGCUAGCCGGGCAUCUGUGGAGCUUCAUACACUCAUCUAUUUCAGGAAACGGCCCACAGACACGGAAGCCAGAAUAGUGAAGAUAAGAUCCAACGGGUUCAUAGUCUUUGUGCCCAAGUAUGGUAUCGAAGGGCCCGUAUACUUGAUUCAGAGAGGGCAGAAUGGAGGGGAAUGGGUGGUGGAUGAGGAACAUCAGAGAAUGAGGAAGGCAGAUGGGAGCAUCAGUCACAGCAUAUUGCAGACUGUGAGGAUUCAUAUGGAGGUUGUGGAGCGCCAGCCUAACAGGCCGAAGCUCGAACUCACCCUUAUAUAGAUUAAUGUUAUUUCUCUUUACCCUUUUGAGUUAUAUUAAAAAAUUAUUAACGUAUUGUAGUUGCUAUUCGCCUUUGUAUUACAUCCAUAUUCUCUUCAACAAUGGUAUUUAUAAUGGCUAAAACUGUAGAAAUUAGUUCUUUGUUCCAAAACAACUUCACAAUCAUAGCAACGCUGUUUCAGCAGCAUACAAUCAAUCAAUCAAGAAAAGCUAUUGACAGAA